AUGCCCAUCACGCUGCUGUGGGCCGUGGACGUCUACGGCCGGGUGUACAGCCUCUCCACCGCCGGCCAGCGCUGGCAGCGAGCCGACGACCUGCUGCUGGAGCUGAAGCGGGUCACUGCAGGGAAGGGGCGCUGCUGGGGCGUGGGCUGCGACCACCAUGUUUACCUCAACAUGAUGCCCAGUGAGACGUCCAUCCGCUACCGGGAGGAGACCUACGAGAACCAGAGGUGGAACCCAGUGGACGGCUUCACGGACACGCUGCUGCCCACCGACCGCUGGCCGUGGAGCGACGUGACCGGCAUGAAUCCCCAACCGCUCCACAGCUUCCAGCUUCCCUCCCACAGCUGGGAGUGGGAAGGAGACUGGUUUGUGGACCAUAGCUGUGGAGGAGAACCGAGCCAGACUGGGGGCUGGGAGUAUGCAGUUGAUUUCCCGGCCAACUUCUCCCCCGACAAGAAGUGGAACUCCUGCGUUCGUCGUCGGCGAUGGAUCCGCUACAGAAGAUAUACGGCACAAGGCACCUGGGCCAAG